AUUCACACUUUCGUCUCCAACUCUGCAUGUUCCAGUUCUUCCUCCUCUCUCUCACAGCCCUUUUCUCAUCCGUUUCCAUGGCUUUCUUUCUUCCAUAAGAAUCGAUUAAUAAAUUCUCGAUUCGUUGUUUCAGCGUCCAGGCGAGACGAACGAAUCAUUUCAGACACCGGAGAUGCUUCCUUUUCAGAGUCAUUACGAAUUCCAGAGCAGUUGGUUGAGUUAUCGCGACGGCGAUCAUUUUAAACGUUCGAUGUCCACUGCCGGAUGCUCGAUCGUCGGAAAUGCUGCAGAUUCGUCCAAGGACGAGAAGAAAUCUACUGAAGCGAGUCGAAGUCAUAAGGAAGCGGAGAGGAGACGGCGACAGAGAAUCAAUUCGCAUUUAUCUACUCUCCGUACGCUUCUUCCUAAUACUACUAAGACGGACAAGGCGUCGCUACUGGCGGAAGUGGUGAGUCAUGUGAAGGAGUUGAGACGGCGAGCGACGGAGGUUGCGCACCGAAGUGCAGACCAGUGCGACGGCGACGGCGGUAAAGUGCCGUGGGCGUUCCCUAGCGAGGAAGAUGAAGCGACGCUCUGUUACUGCGAUAACGAAAACAGGUUAAUGAGAGCGACAGUUUGUUGCGAUGAGCGGUCCGGUCUGAAUCGGGAUUUGAUUCAAGCGAUCCGGUCGGUUCACGCGAGGGUGGUUCGGGCCGAGAUGAUGACGUUGGGCGGGCGGACGAAGAACGUGGUGGUGUUGGAGUGGAGCGAUGGCGGCGACGGUGGCGGGAGAGAGGAGGCGUUCGUGGGCCUGAGACGGGCUUUAAAGGCCGUAGUGGAGAAUCAGGCCCAGAAUCUAUCGGGUCAUAAGCGGGCAAGGGCCUGUUGUCCAAUAGAGGACCCGUUUUACAUGUGCUGACGUGGCCUAGCUAGUUUGUUUUGGAAUUGUCAGUUGGGAAUCUUUUUUGUUUUUGCUUGGUGUAAACUGGGAAGGAAUCAGGUCCAACACGAGAGAGAAAAGUGACCGACAUGUCGGCUGUCGCACAACAGACAAAACAACGUAAUAAGUGCAAAAGCUCAGUUGGGGGUUGAAUCAUGUCGAUGGUAUAUCUAAAAAUUCUUAAUUAAUUUCCUCUUUUAGAA